AGCCUUGCCUGUGUCCCCUCUGCGGGUGUGCUGGCGGCCCCAGCGGGGCGUGGGAGCCGGGCCCCGGGGUCCCUGGGCGCGGUGCUGGCAGCAGGCCAACGGUGGUUCUUGGCUGUGUUCCUGAGUGCGGCCAGGCCUCACCACGCCGGGGCUGCAGCUCGCGGGGACCCUGCAGGGUCACCCCGCCUGACUGGUCCUGGCGGCCACCGCUCCUCGGGGCUCCAUCUGGCCCCAGGGCUGGCUGGGGGGAAGUGGACGGAAUCCGGACUCAGGCUGGGGCCAGCCUUCCUGUUUCUGGAGCAGGCGCCUUCCCCUGCCCGCCCAACGGCGCCGGGGACACCAGGACCCCUUCCCUUUCCACCCUGGAAAGCCCCUCUGCUGCGGCCUGGGGGAGGGGACCAGCAGCUCCUGCCAGCCCCCAGGGCCCAACCCCCAGUCUGGCCAGGGAAAGAUGCAGCAGCCCCCAGCCCACCUGGGCCGUGCUCGUCUGCCCCGGCCGACCCCAGCUCGGCCCCAUCUCUCUGGGGCUGGGCCCUGGGAGAGGCAGGUCCUUGAGGCGGCCGGGGUAGGUGAGGUGGGCCCGUGGGAGCCUGAGCGCCGCGCGUCUGCAGUCCGGUGAGUGCAGGGCUCCUGCGGCCACGCGUGGUGGGGGGCUGGGGUCGGCCGGGCCUGGGCUGCCCGGGGAGGAAGCGGGGCUGGGGGUGCCCUUUGGGGGCCACACGUGAUCUGCACUGCCUUCCUCCUGUGGGGGCCGGGGGGCCCCUCUCCCGACCUGCCCAGCUGGCCAGCUCGCGGCCUGUCCAGGGCCAGCGAGGGUGGGCCGGGGCGCCCUCCUGCAGCGGACUCCCUCCCACCAGCGGGAGGGCUGGAGAGAGCCGAGGGUGGGGGUGGCCACGGGGCGGGGCGGCCGCAGGAAGGCCCUGGCUCCCUCACCUUGCGCGGACGAGAGGAGCGUGCUUCCCUCCCCCGCCGGGCGCUGCCGUGAUUGCAGGAUCUCAGGUUUUGGGGCGACUGCUUCUGCGGGGCUGUGGAUGAGUAAUGCGGGGCUCAGCUCCACCCGGAGGCGGCGGGCCUGGGGGGCCCUGGUCGGCGUGGCCCUGCUGCUGGCCCUCUGGCUCCUGUGGCUGCUGGGGCCAGCCCCCGGGGGUGCCCCAGGCCCCCAGCCCACGGUCACCAUCCUCAUCUGGCACUGGCCCUUCACAGAGCAGCCCCCGGAGCUGCCCCACAACACCUGCACCCCCUACGGCUUGGCCCACUGCCGGCUGAGCACCGACAGAAGCCUGCUUGCCAGUGCCGACGCCGUGGUCUUCCACCACCGCGAGCUGGAGACCCGGCGCUCCCGCCUGCCCCUGGCCCAGCGGCCACGAGGGCAGCCCUGGGUGUGGGCGUCCAUGGAGUCCCCCAGCCACACCCACGGCCUCCAUCGCCUGCGGGGCGUCUUCAACUGGGUGCUGAGCUACCGGCGGGACUCCGACAUCUUCGUGCCCUACGGCCGUCUGGAGCCCCGGCUGGGGCCUGCACCCCCGCUGCCGGCCAAGAGCAGGCUGGCCGCCUGGGUGGUGAGCAACUUCCAGGAGCGGCAGCCGCGGGCCAAGCUGUACCGGCAGCUGGCGCCUCACCUGCAGGUGGACGUGUUCGGCCGCGCCAGCCGGCGGCCGCUCUGUGCCGACUGCCUGCUGCCCACCGUGGCCCGAUACCGCUUCUACCUGGCCUUCGAGAACUCCCAGCACCGCGACUACAUCACCGAGAAGUUCUGGCGGAACGCGCUGGCCGCCGGCGCCGUGCCCGUGGUCCUGGGGCCCCCGCGGGCCACCUACGAGGCCUUCGCACCUGCGGACGCCUUCGUGCACGUGGACGACUUCGGCUCGGCCCUCGAGCUGGCCGCCUUCCUCACGGGCAUGAACGAGAGCCGCUACCAGCGCUUCUUCGCCUGGCGCAGCCGGCUCCGCGUGCGGCUGUUCAGCGACUGGCCGGAGCGCUUCUGCGCCGUCUGUGCCCGCCUGCCGCACCUGCCCCGUGGCCAGGUCUACGAGGACCUCGAGGGCUGGUUCCGGGCCUGAGUCCUGCAGCUGGGCGCGGGUGGGAGAGCUGGGUGCUGAGAUGCAACCGCCGGCAGCCAGCGGGAGGCUGGGGUCAGAGGCGGCGGGGCGGGGGCGGGAGGACGAGUGUGGUGAGAGCAGAGCGCGCUGGGGCGGGCGGUGUGCAGAGCGCUGAGGCGGGCCAGAGGGCGGGCCGCUGAGGACCCCCCUCACCGGAGGCAGGGCCCUGAGGGCUGGGACAGCCCAGCCAGAGGUGGGCGGGGUGCCCUGGACAUCGACCUCCGUCAGCCGAGCCCGGGCGCGCUGCCGUCCGUAGCCGGGUCCCCCCGGGGGGGGGGGGCACUGGACAGCAGAGCCGAGCAGGCGUCUCAGGUGGGCUGUGCGGGGGAGCCGAGCCCCCUCUGCCUGCCUCCCCUCCCCGGCACCCCCUCCGUCCGGACCCCGGGACCUGCCCCUCCCCCUCCCACUCCCUUCAGCUUUGCCCGAGAGGCUCAGGCAGGUGCUGGAACCCAGAGGGGGCGAAAGGCACCCUGGGCAGCGGCCCUGCCCGCAGGGAGGAAGCCGGGCUGGCUCUCGGCAGGAGGAGGCUGCAGGCAGGAAGCCCCUCACUGCUGGGGGCUUCCUGCCCUGGCCCCGAGGGCUGCCUGGGGAGAAGGUUGUGGCCUGUGGCCGGCACUGGUGCCCUGCCCACCUUCCCCGGGGGGUCUGAGGCUGGCACCCUGCAGGAGGGGAAACAGGCCAGCCUGCCCUCUGCUGUCAGAGGGAGGAAACGCACCCCAGUCCCAGCCUGGCUGCGGGGUACCCAACCAAGCUCCUUGUGCCCAGGCCAGACGCCCUGGACACGGGGAACAGGUGCCGUCCACGAGAGGGACGGCCUGCGUCUCCCCAGGCGCCUGCUGGGCCCCUCUGAGUCCAGGGGGUACCUCCCCUUCCUCCUCUGCUCACGGAGGAGCCGCCCACACUGUCUGCAGUGGGUUCCCCGCGCUGUCCACUCUGAACGGGAGCUGAGCGUCCUCACGCAGCAGCAGGACCUGGCCACCCUCAAGUGUCCAGUUCGACCCCGCCCCGAGCCUCCGUGGCCUCCCAGUGACCCCAGCUUGACCAGCGGCAUGCACCCUGCUGACCCCACACCCCACAUGCUGCGGUGACUCCCCCCCGCCACGCCACACACCCAGGAACUCCUGCCUGCUUGCUUAUAAAACCCGAUUAACACUCCCCGUGUGUGCGUGUGUGUGUGCUGGGGGAGGUGGUGCUGUGGCAUAGAGGGUGAAGCCGCCACCAGCAGCAACACCACAAGG